AUGUUUGCUUUCUUUUGUCAACAAAGCCGACUCAGACAUUGUGGUUCUGUUGGAAUUUCAGCCACAACUCAUCUGGGUUUUCUUCCAAAACUACAGAUAACAAUACCCAUCAAAUUCUUCUCAUCAAAGAAAACAUCAACACCACCAACAACCAAGAAUGAAAUCGAGUGUUUUACAGUGUCUCACCUCGUAAACUCAUGUGGAUUAUCCCCAGAAAUCGCCAACUCUAUAUCCCACAAGGUUCAUUUUCGGACCUCCGAUGGACCAGACUCUGUUCUAUCUUUCUUCAGAGAUCGGCUUUCAAGAACUGAAGUUGCUGACCUUGUUGCUUCGGCCCCAUUUCUGUUACGCUAUAGCUUGAAAAACCGCCUCAUCCUAGCUCUUGAUUUCAUCAAAAGUGUUGUUCUUCUUGACAAACGGGGUGUCUUUGCUUUGAUGCUCCGGCCUCGGUUUUUCUGGAUUCAUGUGGAUAAAAAUGCUAUCCCCAAUGUGGCAUUGUUGGGAGAACUUGGUGUGCCUCAAUCCUGUAUCUCUUUAUUGGUAAGUGGGAAUCCUUCUGUGGUGGCUGGAAACAAAGACAAGUUUAAUCUGUGUGCAAGAAAGGCGAUUGAAAUGGGAUUUGAUCCUUCCAAAGUGACAUUUGUCGAUGCAAUUUGUGUGUUUUUUGGCAUGAGUACAGCUGUUUGGGAACGUAAAGUGGAAGUCUAUAAGAGAUGGGGUUUGUCUGACGAUGACACUCACUGGGCAUUCAAGAAGUUCCCCAGAUGUAUGAUUCUGUCCGAGAAGAAAAUUACGAGUGGGAUGGAUUUCCUUGUGAAUGAGAUCGGUUUCGAGCCUAUAACUGUUGUUAGAACUCCAAAAACUCUUGGUUACAGUUUGGAGAAGAGGAUCAUUCCCAGAUGUUCCGUCAUCAGGGAUCUGUCGUUGAAUGGCUUGAUAAAGAAGGAAAAAGGUUUAAGUGCUAUCCUUUCAACGAGUGAGGAGCGCUUCUUGGAUGCCUUCGUUACCAAAUAUCAGGAUCAAGUUCCUCAACUGUUGAAUGUUUAUCAAAAGAAAACUGAUGUUCUAGAAUUAGGAAUUGGAAAUGAGGGUACUCCUUAAGUUAAAACAGCUAUAGUUUAUGAAGAAAAUAAAAUCUCAAGUUUGGAGUAAUUAUUAGCUUUCAUUACAGCAAUUACAAUUUUUCGGCUUGUUAGCUUCAUUGGACUUGUGCCUUCCUAGAUGCAGCUGGCAAUAGAAUUGUGCCAAAUUGGCUUUCUGCUGGGAUUAGUUAUGAACUUAGGAGAUCUUUGUUUUGCUUUUGGCAUUUCUCUUUGCAAUGAAUGAUGUCUUGAGGUCUUGAAGAUGGUAAAACCUUAUUGUUUCACACUAGUAGUCAACCUAAGUUCUAUAACAUGUUUCAUUCUAUUCACCAAGCUUUUGGAAGAUCUCUACCUCUCUGUCUGCCCUACAUGGAAACACCUGCAAAAUCUAGUAACUGUUGGGGACUAGAAGGUGAUCCUGUUCCACUGAACAAGAAUUACCAAACUCGCAAGGUGCUAUAGAUAAGUUUUAUUUAUGAUUGUUAUAGACAUUGUUAGUGAGAUGUACUUCUGAAUUUGGCAUGCGCCUGCCCCUUUUAUUGCAUUGCUAUUCAAAUAUAUAUAUUUUACCCCUAACCAGUCAGUGGUCUUUGACACAAUUCUUUCUUUCCUUUUUCCUUCCUUUUUUUUAUUUCAAAUUUUCCAGAUUUGGUGUUGGUGCUUGUUGGGUUGGGCAUUGCAUUGUGGUAUUUCGUGAUGGUUUUAAUUGGAAAAUGGAAUAAUUUAGCAAUAAUUUAAUGUUUAAAUUGCUUUGAUUAGAACAAGAUUGUGGAGACGAAGAGCCAUACAAACUUUUGAAGAGUUGCACAGCAAGUUAUUUUAUUCCAAGUCCAUGAUAUUAUAAUUGUGUUAAUAUAUUUUGUACAUCCUUAUGUUCAUCUCAAUGUUAUAUUAUCUAUUUUCAUGUAAUCUUGGAUGUUAUGCUUUUGUGUUGGAUGGAAAAUUUUGUUUCACAUAAAGAUAGCAGAGACAGGGUGAAAGUGUUUGCGUUCACAUGAUGCUCUUCUUGCCUAUUUGGAAGUUAGGAGCAUUCAUAAUGCAGCCGUUCUGCAUGCGUCUACUUUAGAAGAGAAAGUGAGUUCCAAAUGAUGUUCUUUUCGGUUUGGAGAAGAGCACUAUCCUAGGUGUUUAGCUAUCAAAGUUUUGAUGUUGAAAGGCUUGAUAUAUAUAAAAUGAAUUGAAGAUGGUGAGGGUAUAAAAAAGACGGUUGUUCAUGGUGAGGGCUCCAUGGUGAGUACUGGCGGGGGAGUUUUGAGUCGAUGCUCUGACAAGCCAGUGAGUCACGCUUUAUAUACUCGUGUUAAAAGGAUUCAAAUUAUAUGGAACUCAAGAGAUUAAUCUUUCCGCAGACUUUUGAUUGUAUGUGUAAGCUUAGCAUUCAAAUUUCAAUAGCUAGGGUAUGCGGUGAUCAUAUUAGCAUUGCAAGUCUAAAAAAAUUGUCCAGAUUGGCCCUACGAACUCAAUGUAAUCUCAAGUCUUAUGAAUAGUGUUUGUAUUUACCCCUAUUUUGCACCUCGUGUCUCUUCUUACAAAUAAUCCUCGUGUUAGGAAAGUUACACCUUUAUCUUGCACUUUGUUAUGUGGUUAAGGGUGUAAAUAAAAAUAAUUAACAGAAGCUUACUGUUUUAGACCCUUGCAAGAAAUGUAAUGCAAUCUGUCCUGUUUUCCAUGCAGGUUUAUUGGUCUUCUUUAUUCAUUCUUCCCAAGAAGAUUAUUAGAGCCAUUGAAACCCUUUUUAAGUCUUUCUUUUGGUCUGGCUGUGAGCUUAGAACCCAUGGGGCUAAAGUUUCUUGGGAGAAUAUCUGUUACCCUAAGAAUGAGGGGGGUUUGGGGUUUAAAUCUUUAAAAAUCUGGAACAAAGCUGCCAUUGCCAAGCAUAUUUGGUUUCUCUUUUCUGGGGGUGAGCAAUCCAUGUGGUGUCAAUGAGUCAAAUCUUACUUGCUUAAAGGCAAGAGCUUUUGGAGGGUAAAAAUGCCUAGUGCUCCAUCUUGGGUUUGGAGGAAAAUUCUUUCCCUUAGACCUAUCAUUUACCCUCUGAUUCAGCACUGUGUUGGGUAUGGGGAGAAGAUUUUCUUGUGGCUUGAUAAUUGGCAUCCCCUUGGAUCUCUGUGGGCUAAGUUUGGGAACCGUAUUAUUUUUGACUCUACCCUUGGCAUGGAGUCUAAGGUCAAAGAUAUUGUGGGUGUUUGGGAAGUGGUUUUUUUUUGGGUUUUUUUGGCUUUUUGGCCAUUUUAGUAGGCUAUUUUAGUUUGUGUUAGGGAAGUUGGGUUAAAUUUUUGGGUUGAUUGUUGUAUUAAAAAGUGUGUUUGAAAUGAUGUUUAAGAUUGAAAUGACAGAUUUGCCCCUAACCUUAUUUUUUCAAAAAUUAAGCUAUAGGGGUAAAAUCGUCAUUUACCUGUCUGCAGCCUGCAUUGUUGGUGACAGUGUAGGCUGACAGCCACUGCUUUUCAUUUUUUUUUUUUUUUUGAAUUAGGCGGGACAAUUUGAGACUUUUGGGCUUUUUUAUAAUUUGAGGCUAAAAUAGCCUAUCUCAAAGGUUCCCAAACACCCCCAUUGUUGAUAAUACUAGUUGAAGAUGGCCUGUUGCUUCUUCUUGGGAAUUAAGGGAAUUGAUUGAGAGCACUCCUUCUACCCUCCAUCCCAAUAAUGGCCUAGAUUCUGCCAGAUGGCUUCCCUCCUCUGAUGGGAAAUUUUUUGUCACUUCAACUUGGAAUUAUUUGAGAAAGUCUGGGGAUAGAAUGUCCUGGGCUGCCAUUCUUUGGGGCCCCCAUAAUAUCCCUAAGGCUAGUUUUGUAACUUGGAUGGCAAUCCUUGGUAGAUUGAAUACUAGGGAUAGACUAAGAUUGUUUGGCAUUUCUCAAUCUGCUGAAUGUGUGUUUUGUAAUGACUCUUGUGAAAAUCACAAUCAUCUGUUUUUUGAUUACCCUUUCUCUGCUAGAAUCUGGACCUGUAUUCAAUCUAAGUUGAAUGUCUCUUGGCCUGUUAGUCAAUGGCCUGGUAUUACUCAGCAUGUGGCACAAUCUACUCAAGGUAAAUCUAUUAGAGCUAUUAUUGUUAAACUGGCUUUUACUUGUACUGUGUAUCAAUUGUGGAUUGCUAGAAAUAAUAGAAUUUUCAAAAAAGAGAUGAUUCCUGAGGAGGUUGUUAUUAAAUGCAUUGUAGAUAUAAUUAGAUUUCGUAUGAUGUCUAUGACUAACUGUACAAGGCAUUCUAGUGACAGAUGGUUCCUGAAUUCUUGGAGGCUUCCCCACACUAUUCUGAAGACCACACAACCAUUGAGUGAUGGGAGUUCAGUACAUGUGGGUUGAGUGCAUGAGAGCAUAAAUCUGAGGGAUUGUCUAAUUUUUGCUAUAUUUUGCAGGAAAUAAAGUUGCUAUAUGUCUUCAUUGAGAGUGUGCUAUUACUUUAACUGAGGGUUGAGUGUUUGUGAGCAAUAUACACUUCCUUACCAUCAUCCACGGCCGCAUUGAGUGCUAACAAUUAUAUUUUCCUAUUGUUUUUUUUUCUUUGCAGGUUGCAUGGAAAGGAUAAUCUUUGAGUGUUGUGAGAUCCUAUAUAGUGGGCCGAGUGCAGUGAGAAUAUAUAUUGUGUGUUUGUGCAAUUAUACAGCAGCUAUUGUGUAUUUCCUGCUGUUGUAUAUCUGGCACUUCUGGAACUCAUGUAUCUAUCCAUCUUGGGCAGGGUCUGCUAAAUUCUGGAAGCUGGUAGCAAGAAGGGAUAGCUGCUUUAGGCACCUCGAGUGUGAAGAAAGCUUUUAUUUUAAUUGUAUAUAUCUGUUGAAUCCAUUAUACUAUGGUACUGUUGUUUGAGUGGAUGUCUUGAAGAUCUUUUGUUGGCUUACCCUUACGGGUUGUGUAAGGGAUGGCUCUUUUUUGUCUCUUUUUUUUGUAUUAGAUUUGUGAGCUUAUGGAAUGUGUUCAUGGUCCACAUACUAUUUGUAUAGGGAGCCUGAACGUAUACAAGGAAUCACAAUCUGUUUUGGAGCUUGAGUUUA